AUGCGGACCCCACAGGCUCCCUGGCCUGUCGUGUGGGCCGUGCUACAGCUGGGCUGGCGACCAGGAUGGCUCCUAGACGCACCCGACAGGCCCCUCAGCUUCUCCCCCGCCCGGCUCACAGUGCCCGAGGGGGCCAACGCCACCUUCACCUGCAGCUUCGCCAGCACGUCGGAAAGCUUCGUGCUGAACUGGUACCGCAUGAGCCCCAGCAACCAGACCGACAAGCUGGCCGCCUUCCCCAAGGACCGUAGUCAGCCCGGCCAGGACCCCCGCUUCCACGUCACACAGCUGCCCAACGGGCGCGACUUCCAGAUGAGCGUUGUGGCCGCCCGGCGCAAUGACAGUGGCAUCUACCUCUGUGGCGCCAUCUUCCUGACCCCCAAGACACAGAUCAAAGAGAGCCCCCGCGCAGAGCUCACGGUGACAGAGAGAGUUGUGGAAUCUCCCACACCACACCCCAGCCCCCCGCCCAAGCCAGGGGGCCAGUUGCAAAGCCUAGUGGUCAGUGUCACUAGCGUCCUGGUGGGUGUCCUGGUGCUGCUGCUACUGGCCUGGGUCCUGACUGCCAUCUGCCCCAGGGCCACUCAAGGUAAUGUCUGAGCCCGACGUGCCGACCGACCCCCGGAGGACCCCUCAGCCGUGCCGGCGUUCACUGUGGACUAUGGGGAGCUAGACUUCCAGUGUCGAGAGAAGACCCCAGAGCCCCCUGCCCCCUGCGUUCCUGAGCAGACGGAAUAUGCCACCAUCGUCUUCUCCAAUGGGCUGGGUGUCUCGUCCCCAGGCCGCAGGGUCUCUGCCGACAGCCCUCGGGGUCCCCGGCCUCUGAGGCCUGAGGACGGACACUGCUCUUGGCCCCUCUGA